AUGGCGACAGCGGCGGCGGGAGCUCUGGGCCUGUUGUGGGGCUGGCUGUGGAGCGAGCGCUUCUGGCUGCCCCAGAACGUGAGCUGGGCCGACUUCGAGGGGCAGGGCGACGAUUACGGCUACCCGCGGGCCCGGCACAUCCUCUCGGUGUUCCCGCUGGCGGCGGGAGUGUUCUCCGUGAGGCUGCUCUUCGAGCGGUUUAUUGCCAAACCCUGUGCACUCCAUGUUGGCAUCCAGGACAGUGGUCCUUAUCAGGCACAACCUAAUGCUAUCCUUGAAAAGGUGUUCAUGUCUAUUACCAAGUAUCCUGAUGAGAAAAGGCUGGAGGGCCUGUCGAAGCAACUAGACUGGGAUGUCCGAAAAAUCCAAUGCUGGUUUCGCCAUCGGAGGAAUCAGGACAAGCCCCCAACGCUCACUAAAUUUUGUGAAAGCAUGUGGAGAUUCACUUUUUAUUUAUGUAUAUUCUGCUACGGAAUUAGAUUUCUCUGGUCGUCACCUUGGUUCUGGGACACCCGACAGUGCUGGCACAGUUACCCUUAUCAGCCUCUCACAAGUGGGCUUUAUUACUAUUAUAUCAUGGAAUUGGCUUUCUAUUGGUCUCUCAUGUUUUCUCAGUUUACAGACAUUAAAAGAAAGGACUUUCUGAUCAUGUUUGUGCAUCAUCUGGCCACCAUUGGGCUUAUUACCUUCUCUUACAUCAACAACAUGGUUCGAGUGGGAACGCUGGUCUUGUGUCUACAUGAUGUCUCAGACUUCUUGCUGGAGGCAGCCAAGCUAGCCAAUUAUGCAAAGUACCAGCGUCUCUGUGACACCCUUUUUGUGAUCUUCAGUGCUGUUUUUGUGGUGACUCGCCUAGGAAUCUAUCCAUUCUGGAUCCUGAACACAACCCUCUUUGAGAGUUGGGAGAUGAUUGGGCCCUAUCCUUCCUGGUGGCUUUUCAACAGCCUUCUCCUGGUCCUUCAGGUUCUGCAUGUCAUCUGGUCUUACCUAAUUGCACGAAUUGCUUUCAAAGCCUUGAUCCGAGGAAAGGUGUCUAAAGAUGAUCGCAGUGAUGUGGAGAGCAGCUCAGAGGAAGAAGAUAUAACCACCAGCACAAAAGGCCCCUGUGGCCGCAGCUCCAGCAAUGGUGCCAAUCGGGUGAAUGGUCACAUGGGAGGCAGCUACUGGGCUGAAGAGUAA